AUGGGAAAGGCCCAAAAGAAGACCGGAAAGGGUCGUCUGGACAAGUACUACAAGCUCGCAAAAGAGCAGGGCUACCGUGCCCGUUCAGCCUUCAAGCUGAUCCAGCUGAACAAGAAGUACUCCUUCCUCGAGUCCGCACGAUGCUGUAUCGAUCUUUGUGCCGCCCCGGGUGGUUGGCUGCAAGUCGCGAGCAAGUACAUGCCCACGAACAGUGUCAUCGUCGGUGUCGAUUUGGUGCCCAUUAGGGCCAUCCCCCGUGUCGUCACAUUCGCCUCGGACAUCACGACACAGCAGUGCCGCAACCAGCUCCGCAAUGAGCUCAAGGACUGGAAGGCGGACGUCGUGCUGCACGACGGUGCGCCGAACGUCGGUACGGCGUGGGUGCAGGACGCCUACAGCCAGUCCGAGCUCGUGCUCAUGAGUAUGAAGCUCGCGGCCGAGUUCCUCAUCAAGGGCGGCACCUUCGUGACGAAGGUCUUCCGCUCGGCCGACUACAACAACCUCAUCUGGGUGUUCAACCAGCUCUUCGGGAAGGUCGAGGCGACGAAGCCGCCCUCAUCGCGUAACGUCUCCGCGGAGAUCUUCGUCGUGUGCCGCGACUUCCUCGCGCCGAAGCACAUCGACCCCAAGUUCUUCGACCCGAGGCACGUCUUCAAAGAGCUGUCGAUGUCGGUGCCUGCGGACGAGCAGAGUCUUGCCGCGCAGAAGAGCGCGCAGGUGAACGUCUUCCAGCCCGAGAAGAAGCGUCGCCAGCGUUCUGGUUACGAGGAGGGCGACUACACUUUGUACAAGGAGGCCGGAGCCGCGGAGUUCCUCAGGGGUCCCGACGCCGUCACGUUCCUCGGAACGUACAACAAGAUCACUUUCACGACCGACGAGGAGAAGGAGUGGUUGAACCUGGACAUUACGACUCCAGACGUAAAGGCGAACUGCGAUGACCUGAAGGUUUUGGGCAAGGGUGAUUUCAAGGCGCUGCUCAAGUGGCGGACAGCCAUUCGAGAAGAGAUUGGUCUCGAGAACAAGUCCAAGGACACCGAAGAGCUUACUGAGAUCGUAGAGGUCACAGAAGAGGUCGACGAGGAAGAGCAAAUUCAGCAGGAGCUCGAGCGAUUGAACGCGGAGGCAUCAGCCCGUACAAAGCGCGAGCGUCGCCGCGCAAACGAGGUCAAGACGCGCACCAUCCAGCGGAUGCAGCUGCGCAUGGUCGCCCCCAUGGACAUCGGUAUGGAGCAGAACGACGACGCGCUCCGCGGCCAGGACGACAUCUUCGAGCUCGAUGACGCCGAGAAGGCCCUCCGCGGGAAGCGCUCCGGGGCCGGCUACGACGAUGACUCCGAAGACGACUCCGAGGAGGAAGCCGAGGAGGACAACGAAGUGCUGGACGAGGAUGAGGAGCGCGAGCGCAAGGUCGCAGGACUGGAGGCGGAGCUGGACGGGCUGUACGACGCGUACCAGGAGCACUUGCGGGAGCGGGACGCGAAGUGGAAGGUGAACGAGGCGCGGCGGAAAAGCAAGGCGCACGAAGAGUGGAACGGCAUUGGGAAGGGGGGCGAUGAUCCAGAGAGCGACAAGGAGGAGGGUGGGUACGAGCGGAUCCAGCGGAAGAAGGCGCGUCUUGGCGAGGACUCGAGUGACGAGGAGAUGAGCGACGAGGAGAGCGACGAGGAGGAGGCAGAGGAGGAGCCUGCUGCUGGGAAGAAGAGGCGCGCGGACGGUCCUGCGGAUUCUGGUGCGAAAGCGAAGAAGGCGCGGGUUAUCACGAAGGUGCAGGAGCCCAAGGUCACUGCGCCCCUCAGCCGAUCUGCCGAACUCUGGUUCAAGCAGGGUCUCUUUGCUGACGUCGACGCCGAGAUCGAGGACGAUGACGAAGAGGAAGAAGAGGUUGAGGAGGAAGAGGAGGAGGAAGAGAUCGACGAGGCUAUGAGUGGAGUUGAGGAUGAAGCUGCAUCAAACGACGAAGACGACUACAACGACUUCGAAAUUGUACCUCAAGACGCCAGCGACGACGACAUGGACAUGUGGGACGUCGAAGGCGAGGACGAGGAUGAAAUCAAGCAGGCGAAGAUCCGAAAACACGGCCUCACCACCGCAGAAGCGAUGACACUCGCCACGCAGCUCGUGAACCGCGAAAAGACACGCACCGAGCUCGUCAACUCCGGCUUCAACCGGUACUCGCUCAACUCCAAAGACGACCUCCCGCCCUGGUUCCUCGACGACGAGGAAAAGCACUACAAGUCGAACAUCCCCAUCACCAAGGAGGCCGUCGACGCGCUCCGCGCCAAGAUGCGCGCCUUGGACGCGCGGCCGAUCAAGAAGGUCGCGGAGGCAAAGGCCCGCAAGAAAUUCAAGGCCGCGCAGCGGCUCGAGAAGACGCUCAAGAAGGCGGAGGGCGUGAACGAGACGACGGACCUGACGGAGCGCGAGAAGGCGAAGCAGAUCGAGAAGCUGCUCGCGAAGGGCGCGAAGACGAAGCUCAAGAAGGACAUCAAGGUCGUCGUGGCCAAGGGUGCGAACCGCGGCCAGAAGGGACGGCCGACGGGUGUCAAGGGCCGCUACCUUAUGGUGGAUUCAAGGAUGAAGAAAGAGGUGUGCCUUUUGUCUAGCUGUGGAUACGUUGUGCUCAAGGGACCUCACAGCUCCGGGCGAAGAAACGGAAAGAGAAGGCCACCAAGAAGCGCAAGCGUACAUAGGCUUCUGGCUGCCCUCCCUUCGCCUCGUUCUUGUUCUUCCCAGACUGUCAUAUAUGCCGGCUGCACAUCACACCCUGUACCUCUUCCCAGUAGCAUGAUCGAUUAUAUUGCAGCAUUACUAGUGUAUACGUCCGUGCUCUAUAGUAUGUCGUGGUCAUCCAUCUGGGGAUCGUUCCACUGCUGCGUGUCCUGCAGCGCGGAGUACACCUUCGGCGGCGGUUCGCGCAGAAGCGACAGCCUAUCGCAAUCUCGGAGGAAUUGCGUCCACGCUUCUUCCGACGACGCAUCCGGGCAAGUGACCUAG